AAAACAGAUCCGAGUACUCUUGUUCUCUCGUGAAGUCGUUGUUGAUUUUCUUCUUCUUGCUGUUGUUGAUCUUCAACUCUUCCUUGCAAACACGUUCUUGAUUGCUUCCAUUCUUUUCUUUCUUCAGAUUAGGUUUAUUUUGACAGGAGUUGCAGGUUAAAUUCAGUCUCCCCCACAAGCAAGCAUGUGGUCAUGCUUUAAAUUACCCAACAGGAAAUGAAUCUAGAACAAGACUCGAGAAGAAAGACCCAGAACAGGAACAAUUUAGAUUCUUAAAGGGAAGAACAGAAGAGGAAUCAUUCAUGUUAGAGAAUGGAGGUCGGAUAUUAGAAGAGCUAAUCUCUUCCUUUGGUGGAAAAUCAACUCCCGUUCGUACCUUCUCCAAGCAAGAACUCCAGAUUGCAACCAACAAUUAUGCUCAAGGCGGAGUUCUUCACAGUGAUUUGACCUAUAAAUUGUAUAAAGGAACCCUAGAAAAUCGUGAAAUUUCGGUCAAGAGGUAUACUGAAAUUGAUGCUGAGAGUUAUAUCCACUGGUAUAUAAAUGAAGUCGCAGUCGCAUCUCAGAUAAAUCAUCACAAGCAUGUUUUGAAACUUUUGGGUUGUUGCUUAGAGACACAAGUUCCUACACUGGUGUAUGAAUUUGCAGAGAAUGGAGAUCUGUCUGAUCAUAUUUACGAGAAAUUGGAGCUCCCUUCGAAGCAUCAUCCACCAUUAACGUGGGAUAACAGGUUAAGGAUUGCGACUGAGGUAGCAGAUGCGAUAACCUAUCUCCACACAGGUACUUCUAAGCCCAUCAUCCACAGGGAAAUCAAACCCAGAAAUAUUUUCUUAGGUAAAAACUUUGCUGCAAAACUAUUUGAAUUUGGGCUCUCCAUUUCAAUUCCUUUGGGUAAAACAUAUGUAGAAUCAGAGGUUGUUGGGUCUAUUGGGUUCGUUGAUCCUGAAGCUGUCUCCACUGGGAGGUUUACAGAGAAGAGCGAUGUUUAUAGUUUUGGGGCUGUAUUACUUGAGAUUUUGACAGGUAGGAGGGUUCGUCAUAUAUUCGAGGAGGUGUUUGAUGGUGUGCCAGGAUCUUACCAGGCUGAACAAUUAAUGAAUUUAAAGGAUUCCAAAUAUACUGUUAUGUACCAUGAAAAUGAUCUCGAAAGGUACUUAAAGAGAAAUAUUUUGAAGGAAAGAAACAGAGAGCAGUUAAUGGCAUGUGCAGAGCUUGCUCUGAAAUGUGUCAAAGUGAAUCCUGAGGAAAGGCCUACUAUGAUGGAAGUGGCAUAUGAGCUCAGAAGAAUCAAAGAUCAAACAAAUCAGAACUGUUGGUUGAGGUUGAGGUUGAGGAUGAAAUGAAUGUUGACCAAUUGGUUGAGCAGAAUGGAAAGGAUUCCAAAUAUACUGCUAUGGACAGUGAAAAUGAUCUAAAGGUACUUAAAGGCAAAUAUCCUGAAGGAAAGAAAUGGAGAGCAGUUAAUGGGCAGAGCUUGCUCUGAAAUGUGUCAAAAUGUAUCCUAAGGAAAGGUCUACUAUGAUGGAAGUGACAUAUGACCUCAGAAGAAUUAAAGGUAUUCAACCCACUACACAAUGAUAGCCUGUGAGAAUAGAUUGAAAAAAAGUGUGGCUUUUCCAUUCAUGUUCAUGUCCAAGCCUCCAAGGCAAGUAAAAAUGAUUUUUGAUCUUUGUUCCUUCAGAAACCUUUGUAUGAUUCAUAUGCUAAUGUUUCUUCUUUUACUUGUAGUUAGGUUCUUAUCCUUGGUGGUAACUGGUAUGUGUCCUUGUUGAUUGUUCUGUUUUCCUUUUCACAUGUUCCAAGGCCUUAUCUAUUUAAUUUGCCACCUUUAAUUUGAUGCCAAA